AUGCUCUUCUACCUGGCUAGAAAUGAGAGAAUGUUAGCAUUCCCAAAGAAUGAAGCUUUCUGUUUCCUUUGGAUUUCUUAUGUUUUCAUCUCUACACUGGUUCAGCAAGGAACAGAAGCCUUUCAGUGUAGGAAUGGUGUCUUCUUGCCUUCUGACCAAGUGUGUGACUUCACAGAUCAGUGUGGAGACAGGAGUGAUGAACAGCAAUGUUGGAAUUAUGAGAGAUGCAAUUUUGAGGAUGGACUCUGUAGUAUGACACAAGAUAGGAAUCCACAACUUGGUUGGACAAGGACAAAUGGAAUGACUGGCCUUUCACCUCCAUUUUAUGAUCACAAUGGUGAUGUGUCUGCCCACUUUCUUUCUUUGGUAUCCAAACUGGAUUCUACUUCAUCAAGCUUAAGAAGCAGGAUUUUUCUUCCAACGAAUAACCAACUUACUUGUCAGAUUACAUUUUAUUACUUCUCCAGUCAAGUGAGUGGCAAAUUAACUGCAGGCCUUCAAACUGAGUGUGGUGGUCCUCUUCAGCAUUUAUGGCAAAACACAGCUGGACAACAAUAUCAGUGGGAGAGAACUGUCAUUAACAUCGAGAGCUCCCAGCGGUUUCAGACUAUACAACUCUCUUGGGAUCCUUUGGCUACACCAGUCUUCAAGAUUGCAGAUGAAAAUUUACCAUGUGAAGAAACAUCAGAUACUAAGGAGAAUCUCUGCCAUCCAGAUACAAGUCUCUGCCGAAUUGACUCUACAGAUAAAGGAUUCAAGUUGUGUCAAGUGUGUGGAUUUGAAAUCGACAUGUGUGACUGGACGUCAGAAGCAUCUUCUGGGCAAAUUUCCUGGACACGCACAAAAGUAAGAGAUCUUGAACUAGCAUCUAUACCUCAGCAGGAUCAAAAUCAUGAUGAUGAAGGCUAUUCUAUGUGGAUAGGGGCUAAGACUGCCACUACCCUUACCCAUCCAGACAGCAGGGCUUAUCUAAGUAGUUCUGUGUGUUACUGCUUGGGAAAGAGUUGUCAUCUUCAGUUCUAUUAUUUUAUGGAAAACAGUGUUCUGAGAGUAGGACUCUAUAAUAAUAAGGAAGAAAUAUUUUGGACGUACAACACAUCAACUUACAGAAAAUGGGUGAAAGCAGAUGUUUCAAUACCAAGAAAUCUGAAGACAUUUAAGAUUGUUUUUGAAGGGACUACUCUGAACCAAAAAGGCUUUAUUGGGCUUGAUGCACUCUGGGUUUAUGCCUGUGCAGAGUCUCCAUUCAGAAAGCUUUGCUCUGCAGAUGAAUUCACCUGUGCCAGUGGCCAGUGUAUAGCCCAAGAAUCACUCUGUGACUCUCAGAAAGACUGUUUUGAUGAAAGUGAUGAAGAUCCAGCUACUUGCUCAAAUCGUCUCACCUGUGACUUUGAGUCUGGUUUCUGCGGCUGGGAGCCAUUUCUCACAGAAGAUUCACACUGGCAAUUCAUGAAGGGGUUGACCAGGGGAGAGCAAAAUCUUUCUCAUCCUGACCAUCCAGCAAACAAAAACCAUGGGUCAUUUAUUUAUUUUGGAGCACAGCAACUUCCUGGAGUGGCCAGGCUCAGAAGUCCUAUUCUUAUAAAAUCCUACACUGCCUCUACCCCAUGCCAGGUGCAGUUCCGGUAUCAUCUGUCUCAGAAUUCACAUCUCUCUGUGUUUACGAGAACAUCACUGGAUGGAAAUUUACAAAAGCAAGGUGAUCUAACUGGAGUCUCUGAAUCUCAGUGGAGACAAGCAAAAAUCGAUCUCUAUGUGAAGACUGGAGAAUCUACUCUGCCUUUUCAACUAAUUUUCAAAGCUACUGUUUUAUCUUUAAAUGCUACUGUUGCUCUAGAUGACAUCAGUAUAUCCCAGGAAUGUGAAAUUUCAUCUAAGUCACUUUUAGGAAACAACAUAUUAAAUGAAGUUUCCAGUUGUGACUUUGAAACAAAUAGUUGUGGUUGGUUUGAAGCAAUCAGUGGUGACAAUUUUGACUGGACAUGGAGCUCUAGAAGUAACCUUUCUACUGAAUUUGAGCAACAGGCCCCAUCUUGUGAUCAUACUCACAACACAACUCAAGGAAAAUUUAUGUUUAUUCUGAAGAAAAGCAACAGCUUAUCACAAGUUGCUAAACUCCAGAGUCCAACUUUCAGCCAGACAGGACCUGGAUGCACACUUUCCUUCUGGUUCUAUAACUAUGGCUUGUCAGUGGGAGCAGCUGAGAUGCAGUUACAUGUGGAAAAAUCCAAUGACCCUACUGUACUCUGGAGAGUAUUGUAUAACCACGGCAACCAGUGGUCAAAGGCAACCAUUCAGCUUGGGCGCCUUACUCAGCCCUUCCAUUUGUCACUAGAUAAAGUCAGUCUUGGCAUAUAUGAUGGAGUCUCAGCUAUUGAUGACAUCAGCUUUGAAAACUGUACUCUUUCCCUCCCUGCAGAGAGAUGUGAUGAGUCAGAUCAUUUCUGGUGUGGACACACCAAGGCUUGUAUAGAAAAAUUUCGAUUAUGUGAUUUGAUUGAUGAUUGUGGUGAUUAUACUGAUGAGGUUGACUGUGCACCUGAACUACAGUGUAACUUUGAAAAUGGAAUUUGUAACUGGGAACAAGAUACAAAAGACGACUUUGAUUGGACAAGAAUUCAGGGCCCAACACCAACACUUAAUACAGGACCAAUGAAGGACAAUACUUUGGGCACAACUAAAGGGCAUUAUCUCUACAUAGAAUCUUCAGAACCUCAGAUUUUUCGAAACAGAGCUGCUUUACUCAGCCCAGUUCUUAAUGCCACUGUUACAGAGGGCUGCACCUUCCGCUUAUAUUACCAUAUGUUCGGCAAACACAUUUAUAGGCUGGCCAUCUACCAGCGAAUCUGGAGUAACACAAGGGGACAGAUGCUGUGGCAGAUCUUUGGAAAUCAAGGCAACAGAUGGAUAAGGAAACACCUCAAUAUUUCCAGCAGGCAGCCUUUUCAGAUUAUGGUGGAGGCUUCAGUGGGAGAUGGCUUCACUGGAGACAUUGCAAUUGAUGAUUUGUCAUUUAUGGGCUGUACCCUCUAUUUUGGUAAUUUGCCAGUGGAUCUUUCAAUUCCCCCUGCAACUUUAAUUCCAGCAACAUUACCUCCACACAACUGUACAGACGAUGAAUUUAUCUGCAGCCCGAGUGGCCAUUGUAUUAAAGAAAUUCAGAAAUGUGAUUUUAGAUAUGACUGCCCCGACAAAUCUGAUGAGUCAUCCUGUGUUAUGGAAGUUUGCACGUUUGAAAAUGGAAGCCUAUGUAAAUGGUAUCAGCCAACCCCAGGGGAUUUAAUUCAAGAUUCAAAUACAUUCAGGUGGGGACUUGGUAAUGGGACCAGUAUUCAUCAUGGGGAAGAAAACCACAGACCACAGGUGGAUCAUACGAAAAACUCUACGGAUGGCUGGUACCUCUAUGCUGAUAGCUCAAAUGGAAUCUUCGGUGACUCGGCUGACAUCCUCACACCUAUUAUUUCACGUACAGGACCUCAAUGUACCCUGGUAUUUUGGACUCAUAUGAAUGGUGCCACAGUUGGCUCUCUCCAGGUACUAAGCCAAAAAGAUAAUGUUACUUCUAAAUUGUGGGCUCAGAGUGGACAGCAAGGUGCACAGUGGAAAAAAGUAGAAGUAUUUUUAGGUGUUCACUUACAUAUACAGAUUAUUUUCAGAGCAAAACGUGGUAUCAGCUACAUGGGAGAUGUAGCUGUGGAUGAUAUUUCAUUUCUAGGUUGUUCCCCUCUUCUUAGCCCAGAAAGAAAAUGUACUGCUCAAGAAUUCACAUGUGCUAACAAACACUGCAUUGCAGAAAACAAGCUGUGUGAUUUUGUGAAUGAUUGUGCUGAUAAUUCCGAUGAAGCUGCUUUCAUUUGCAGUCCAUCCAGUGAACGCUGUGAUUUUGAGUUUGACCUUUGUUCCUGGGAGCAGGCGCAGGAUGACGACUUUGAAUGGAUUCUGAAACCUAGCAGUGUCCCAUCUGUCGGCACAGAACCAGCUGCUGACCAUACCUUGCGAGAUUCUUCUGGUCAUUACAUCUUUAUCAAGAGCUUGUUUCCUCAGCAGCCCAUGAGAACAGCCAGAAUUUCAUCUCCGGUUAUAAGUAGAAGAAGCAAAAACUGCAAGAUAAAUUUUUAUUAUCACAUGUAUGGAAAUGGUAUUGGAUCACUCACCUUGAUCCAGGUAUCAGUCUCAGAUCAAAAGAAGGUUCUACUAAACCUUACUGCAGAACAAGGCAAUUUCUGGCAGCGAAAAGAACUCUCACUGUCUGGUGAUGAAGACUUCUACCUUGAAUUUGAAGGGAGAACUGGGCAAGGCCAUCAUGGUGACAUUGCUCUGGAUGACAUUGUGCUUACGAAGAGUUGUCUACCAUCCCAUCACUCCGUGAAAGAACAAGAAGUGCCUCUUCCAAAAGGCUAUUGCCCACAGGGCUAUCAGGAAUGUAAAAAUGGCAAAUGCUACAGACCAGAGCAAAGCUGUAAUUUUGUAGAUGACUGUGGAGAUUAUACUGAUGAAAGUGAAUGUGGCAGCUCCUGUACUUUUGAAAAAGGCUGGUGUGGCUGGCAAAACUCCCUGGCUGAAAACUUUGAUUGGGCUUUGGGGGUUGGUGCUCAUCAAAGCCUAAGACCUCCUGAAGACCACACACUUGGAAAUGCAAAUGGACACUUCUUGUAUUUGGAGGCUACUCCGGUGGGCCUUCGGGGUGAAGAAGCACAUCUCAAGAGUGCUGUGUGGCAAGAAUCCAACACUGCUUGUACCAUGAGCUUCUGGUAUUUCAUGUCUGCAAAAUCCACUGGGUCCAUUCAAGUGCUCAUUAAGACAGAGAAAGGACUAUCCAAAGUAUGGCAAGAAAGUGCACAGCAUGCUGGUGAUCAUUGGCAAAAGGCUUCCAUCCUUCUUGGAAAGUUAAGAAAUUUUGAAGUUAUAUUUCAAGGAAUCAGAACACGGGAUCUAGGAGGGGGAGCUGCAAUUGAUGAUAUUGAAUUUAAAAACUGUACAACUGUGGAAGAGACUUCUGAGAUUUGCCCAGAAGUCACUGACUUUUUGUGCCACAACAAGAGAUGUAUUGCAUCCCACCACGUCUGUGACUAUAAACGAGAUUGCUUAGAUGGGUCUGAUGAAACUAAUUGUGGCCAGUAUACAAAUACAAUAGGAAGCUGCAAUUUUGAAAUAACUUCUGAGAACUGGACCACAGCUUGUGGUCUUAUUCAAGAUUCUCAAGAUGACUUGGAUUGGGCCAUUGGAAGUAGAACUGAAAAUUUGAGUCCAGACUCUGAUCACACACCAGGCAGUGGCCAGAACUUCCUGUAUGUCAACUCAUCUGGUUCCAAAGAAGGAUACACUGCAAGAAUCAUUACUUCCCAGUACUUUCCAGCAAGCCUGGGAAUAUGCACUGUUCGGUUCUGGUUCUACAUGGUUGAUCCCAGGAACGAGGGAAUACUAAAGGUGUAUAUCAUUGAGGAAUUUGGACUAAAUAUCCUGGUGUGGUCAUCCAUUGGAAAUACAAGAACUAGUUGGAUGUAUGGACAUGUAUCUCUCUCUAGUAACAGUCCCUUUAAGGUGGCUUUUGAAGCUGAUUUGAGUGGAAUGGAUUACAUUUUUACUGCUCUUGAUGACAUCUCCUUUACCCCAGAAUGUGUGUUUGGAGGCCCUGUCACCAUACAGCCAUCACCCUGUAAGGCUGAACAAUUUUCAUGUAUCUAUACACCCCAGUGUGUGCCUCUCUCAAGGAAAUGUAAUGGACAGGAAGAUUGCACAGAUGGAUCUGAUGAAAUGGAUUGUCCACUCCCCCACCCCCCUCAGCUCUGUUAUGAAAUGGAGUUCCUCUGCUCUCCCAAUGAGUGUAUCCCAUCCCUCCUGCUGUGUGAUGGAGUGCCUGACUGUCACUUUAAUGAAGAUGAAUCCAGCUGCCCCAAUGAGAGCUGUUCUGAUGGAGCUCUGCUGUGUUCCUCCUCCAACAGCUGCAUCUCGCUUCGCCAGCGCUGUGAUGGUUUGACCGACUGCGUGGAUUUCCAGCUCGAUGAGUCAAGCUGCUCAGAGUGUCCAGUAGGUUACUGCAGAAAUGGUGGGACUUGCAUAGUGGAGAAAAAUGGUCCUAUAUGUCGGUGUGGACAAGGAUGGGAAGGAAAUAGAUGCCACAUCAAGUUUCACCUUUCUACCAAAGAUUUCUCAGACAUUCAGAAUUAUAUGUGGAUUCCCCUUGGAAUUGGAUUGGCUUUCCUGAUGACUCAUGUUAUGGUCUCUGUCUUGUGUUUUUUUGCAAACAGAAAAGUGUCAGUAAGGAGAACUAAAGAAAGUGUCAAUUGUGCCUUUAUUAAUCCAGUUUAUGGGAAUUGGAUGGACCCAGAGAAAACAGAGGGUUCCAUAUACUCCUUCUCAAAUCCUUUAUAUGGCAAGACAUCAGGAAGCCUGGAGACCAUGACUAAUCAUCUCAAGUAG